AUGCGUCUCGCACAAAUAGGUUAGGUGAUAUCAUGCAGGUAUGAAAUUUAUACCAUGUAAAAUGACUUGGAGAAUUUUUUUAGUAAAAUGUCAGAGCUUUGGCGUUCAAAGCUUGCAUGAGAGAGGUUCAAAUUUUGACUACCGCUACCAUUAACCUAUCAGAUGCGUUUAAUCUACCCGAUUGCGUAUAUUACCAAUAAUAUAAUACACACAAAUACGACGCUAAAAAGUAGGUUAUCUUUAAAACGGGGAAUAGGGGAAUGGAACGGGGAAUGGAACAUGGGAUGGACGAAAUCAGAAACAAAACUAACAUUUUGAAGAUUUUUUAUUAAAUAUUCUCAUGAGUUGUUUUCGUUGCGUUAUGGCAAGUGUAACAUUGAAGUAAAUCGUAAUUACAGUAACAGGAUUAGGCGACCGAAGCUAUGUUGUUUCCCGAGUAUCUUUAGCUGUUGACAUGUAAUGAUGUGUAAAUGAGGUAGUUCCUUUCUUGGGGCAGGCCAAGGCUCUCACGCAAUGUUGUAUUAUAUAAGAUUGUGCUUUACUUUAAUACAUGGAUCUCCACUCUGGUUUUGAGGUCGAUUCCAAUAACAUAUUGGAAUUAAAGUUUGUUCGUUCACUGCAACCAGGUAUAUCAAUCAUGUUUCGCUCGCUACUCUGGUUUAAAUAAAUGAUUACAAAGCCCAGUCGAAUUGUAAUCAAGACCCAACGUUUCGACGCUCCAGUCUAGUGUCUUCAUCAGGGGUGAUCUAAAACUGCGAUCGUGGCUUCUUAAAUACCCAAAGGAUGACGUCACCUACCAAGAAGAUUCCAUUUUUUAAUCUAACCAGUGAUAUUUUUGUUUGUUCAGUUUAUAUACCACCUCAAAAUUCCUCUCGAGAAAUCAGACUUAAUACUGAUCAUUUUGAAAAUCUUCAAAAUUACAUCCAUAAAUUUUCAGCUUUGGGUGACGUCAUUUUAUGCGGUGAUUUUAAUGCUAGAACAGGUACUCUAGAUGACUUUACACAUGUAGAUCCUUUUCUGAAUGAGGGAAAUUUAUCCACAAUUACAGUAAGUAAACGAUUUUCGAGAGACCCCAACACAAAUUGUUACGGAAGAUCGUUAAUUGAAUUAUGCAUUGAAAAUAAUUUAGUUGCAUUGAACGGUAGGACUAAAGGUGAUUUAACUGGUCAAUUUACUUGUAAUACCUAUAAUGGAUCAAGUGUCGUGGAUUACGCUAUUGUUGCGCAGGAGUUAUUUCCACUCAUCAACAGUUUUACAGUAGACUACCCGACUGAGUUUUCUCACCAUUCUUGUUUAAAUUUCGUAAUGAGAAUCAAAACACCUAAAUAUCCGAAUGUCAAUAUGGAGGUAUUGAAUAAACCAAUAUCUUUUGUAUGGGAUGAGACUAAGAAACAAGAUCUUUAUGAUGUUAUGAGUUCUGAAGAUACUGUUAACAAAUUAGAGUCAUUAUUCUGUGAACAAAAUGAUGCAGAUAGCAGUUUAGUUGAUAUUGAUGUGAUUGUUAACAAUUUCUCUGAAAUAUUAUGUGAAUCAUCUCUGAAAAUACUAAAACGUAAAAAGCAAAUUAAUAAAAACAAGAACAAAAAACAGAGACAGAAAUG